UCCACCGGGCCAGCUGAUAACUAGAGAAGCGUCCUUGAAGCUCCAAUCUAAACAAACAUCUCAUGUGUAUCUGAUAAAUGCACGGUGAGCGUCAUUAAAUGUUUCCCUGAGCGCGUUUGGAUUGAGUAUGAUUCGAUAAAAAUCGGUCAUAAUUAUCCGGAGGUCAUCAUGAGUAGCGUUAAGUUCAAAAAAUUGGCCUCUUUAUAUUUCCUAAACCGUUUGGAGUUGCUAAAAACGUGUCAGAGCUAUGAUCCUUUAUCGGGCAAUGUCAAGAAAAGUCUGGUUCUGGAUAAAAUAUGGAAAGAACGGCGAUGUGAACAUUGUCAGAGGGCCUUCAGGAAACUGACAGGAUUCCAACGACAUAUGAGAAGAUACCACGCAGAUGAAAUUAGGAAGAAAUUCAAAAGAGUCACGUAUUCGCAUCGUCAAUAUCGUCGAGAUGUCAGAGACGAUUCGGAUGAGGACAACUUACAUUCCGAUCCCGAGGAUCCCGGCUUCAAUGAGGAAGAGCCUCCACGUCAAAGACCCAAAAGGUCAGGUCGACGGAAGCUUCAGAGCUUUUGUCGCUCAUCUUGGCGACGCCUCAUGCGCUUAUCAGAUUUCCAGCCCAAAAUCAUGCUCACCAACCUGUACAAAGCCAAAGAUCUCUCCUUUGAGCUUCCGGAUCUGCCGGAACGCCGAGAAACUCCAAUCGCAUCAGAUGAGGAAAUCCUUGUCUCUGAUGCGGAAUCCGAAACCAACCCCAUGUGUUCCAAUUCCACGCCUCAAUUGUGUCCCAAAGUCCGUCGGAAAAGGCUGGCCAGGGAUCCUAUACCUCGAGAAAAGGACUUUUCUGACAGUGAAUUAGACGUAGAGGUUGAUGUGGUGGGUCUGUCAGACAGUGAACAAGAGUUCGAUGGUGAGGGUACCCCUGAAGCUAAGGACCUCGAUUCUGAACCUGAAAUCAUUGCCCUGGAGACGGAAUCCGAAUCCGAAUUGGCGUCGGUCAAGAGUCAGCCCAAAGAUUAUGAGGAGAUGUCUGUGGAUGAUAUUUUGGACACUCUUCAUAGCAAAUCGGAAAAAAUGGAACUCAAAGAGGAGCAACCUCUCACCCCGAUAUUUGCCAUGAGAGAGAAACUUCGCAACUUCGAUCUCGAAUGGCAAAAGCCAGUUCCUGUUGAGGUUGAGGUAGAUGUUUCUGUGUCUGAUGAUGAGGAGGAGGAGGACAUCGACGAAGAUGCUUCGGAUGUGAGGGAGGAGGAAGAAAAGGAGGAGAACCACCCCCAAGAUAACAAGAAUUUCUUAAAAAUACAUGAGUCUUGCUUUGUCUCUCUGCAUCGAUUAGAUUGUCAGGAGGUUCCAGAAGAUGCUCCAUUUGUUAUCGAUCUCACUUGAACUUACCACUUAUAUUUGAACGCACCGUGUCAUCGUGAUGCUCCCGAGUUUGUGAAGAUUUCAAUUUCACGACAACAAUCACUGCCGUUUCAAGACUGAAUUGUUUAUCGUGUUUCCCAUAUUUUUCAUCCAUGUAUGUUGCCCUGUUUUGUAUUUUCAUUAUUCCAUAAACGACAAGCCUAAAGCCAGAAUAGGCAUCCAUUUCCACGUGCA